CUUCCCGCGCUCGCGCGACUGCCUCGCACUUGGUCUUUGCUGUACUCCCUCGACCAGCACGGUAUCUCGCUCGCGACGCUUUACCGCAAAUGCGAAGCCGCCCUUGACGCCCGAAGAACGUCGGGCAACAACACUGGUGCUUUGGUCGUCAUCAAGGAUGGCUCGGGGACCGUCUUCGGCGCUUGGGUCGGCGAUGGGAUACACCCGAGCAAGGGCCAGGGCUUUUAUGGAAGUGGGGAAUCUUUCUUAUGGAAGAAGGUGGAAGGCGGCAAGUGUCGCGUGUACAAGUGGACGGGGAAGAAUAACUACGUGACCCUUUGCGAGCCCGAGUACAUAUCAUUUGGCGGAGGAGACGGCCAGUACGGCAUAUACCUCGACGAAUCGCUGUUCGACGGCUCCUCCGCGCGAUGUCCGACGUUUGAUAAUGAUCCGCUAUGCUCGCCGGGCGCGCGUAAAGGCCGUGCGGUCCAGUUCGAGUGUGUGGGACUGGAGGUGUGGGGAGUGGGGGCUUGA